CAAAGUCGCCUAUAUAGCGCGCGGAGUAUCUAGAAGUGCUACGCUCAAUCGCUCCACGGUGAGACAUUGUACAUUGUUACAUACUUUUUUUGCGCUAAUUCGACUCAACAACAAUGAAUGAUAGCUGAUGGUGACAGCCUCGGCGACGACAACUCUCUACAGUCAGUCUAAUAAUGUAACUCAAGUUGAUGUGUUCGUCGUACGAGCUGUAGUUGGAAAAUUUGCAAAAUUGGGAAAAGCAGAUAUUCAUUUUGUGUUUUAAAUUUUUUGUUUUCGGGGGGUAUACGGAAAUGGACAAAAGCACAAGAACAGCAAAGAACGCGUAGAGAAUCCAACAAAUACAUCAUAAUGUCGAAAAUAAUCGAUAAAACAGACAAAUGUGAAAGCCGCUAAAAAGGUACUUUGCAACAAAAAGAAUUUUUGCAAAAAUAAAAGAGAAUUAGAAUAUAUAAAAUUAAAAAAAAAAUAAUGGAAAAAUGGAAAUGCGCAUACACAUACUUGUGCGCAUACAUAUUUACAUAGGCAGUGUUACUAACGAUGUGCUAAUGCAGGCGGACCGUUAAAAAGAAAGGAAAAGUGCUCGUCGCUCGUAGUUCAUAUGAAAAUUGUUUAUACACACACACAUACAUAGUAUGUAUGUGCGGCUAGUUGUUUCUUUUUAUCUAUAUACAUAUGUGUAUGUGCUCUUUGUGCUGUGCAAGGAAGUCAAAAAUCGUUACGCUUCCUUCAAGUCGACUGCUGUUAACAGGAAAUCAAAUUCUCAAACCGUUGUAGUUAAAAAAAAAAAAAUGUAAUGUCCUGCUGCGAAGCGUCUUGAAGUGUAUUGUAUUUGUACCAAAGUGACCUUUCACAGUUGGAUACGAAGCAAAAUCAGAGCCGUGCGUUUGUACACCCCCAGCCAGCCAGCCAGCCAGCCCAACAAGCAGCGAAGCAAUUACAUGAACGACACUAGCAGCAGCAGCAGCGGCAGUAGCAAAAACGGCAGUGACAAUAGCAGCAGCGUCCAAGGCAACAACAUCAAGCACAACAACUACAACGACAAGAACAUUUUAGUAUAUCCUGUAAAGGCACCGCUUACAAAAAUAUGAAAAAAUCGAUGCCAGACUCCGAUUCUUCAACAGUCACAGGCAUAGUCACAGUCACCGUUACAGCUACAGGCAUAGCGAGAGUCAUAGCCAAAACAGCGCAGCAGCGGCAGUAAAUUCAGCAGAGCAGCAACAAUAACAACAACAACAACUACUCUGUACAUUGCAUUGCAGAAUUAAAUUCAUUCAUCUCGCAGCACUUUGAUAUAUUUUCCCUGAUUUUAUUUGCUGUGCUGAGAAAAAUUUCUGUUUCGGUGGGCAUAAAAGGAAAAGGCAGAAAUUAUUGUUGCAUACUUGCAUGCAUACAUACACAUUUAAUAUGUAGUAUGUAUGUAUGUGGUUGUUGAUUUUCCGGAGUUUUAAAAAAAUUAUUAUCCUACGCUUAUUAAAAAAAAAAAACGCAAUACAUAAUUAUAAUAAUGGCUACUUCAUCCGAGCUACUGCAUCAGCCUGAAUCUAAUAACGAUGCAGAGGAAUCGAUUAGCAAUUGUGCAAAUUCCAACAAUCUACUUGCAGCGGAGUCGCAUGCCGAUGAAGAAUCGAUACAAGCAAAUGUCGCAGAUUCCGAAGUAGCAGCAACGUCACCUGGACUCGACGAAAACGAAGACGUUGACUCCAAAACGGAUUUUAGUGCAACACCGUGUCACGAAAAUACGAAGGAGCAGGAACAGGAACAGGCACAGGAGCAGCAGCAGCAAUUAUAA